AAUGUCAAAUUGACUUGACUGGCUAUUUCAUUUCUAAUUUCUAUUUACGCUCAAAAACCUUGUAUUUGAACGUAAAAUCAAUAUAUUUUGUUAGAAUAAACGUGUCAACAAAUGUGUUUUUAAAAGUCGAUCUUAUUUUAAAACAGCGGUGUAUACAAUGUCAAGUGUUCCAGACAACGCACCGCACCAAUGUCCCGGAACGCAAAGCGAGGACGCGGGCAAGGCCUCGGCGUGCGCCGGCUGUCCAAACCAGAAUAUUUGUGCUUCAGGUGUACCAGCAGGGCCAGACCCAGCUAUAGAGGUGAUUAGGAGUCGUCUGGCUAAUGUGAAGCACAAAAUACUUGUGCUGUCGGGCAAAGGGGGAGUGGGCAAGAGCACUGUGACAUCACUGUUGGGGCAUGGAUUAGCUAAAUUGAACCCAGAUGUCAAUGUGGGUAUUCUGGACGCGGACAUCUGCGGCCCGAGCCAGCCGCGCGUGCUCGGCGUGCGCGGGGAGCAAGUGCACAACUCGGGCUCCGGCUGGUCGCCUGUCUACGUGACAGACAACUUGUCUCUGAUGUCCAUCGGAUUCCUGCUGGGCAGUCCCGACGACGCCGUCAUCUGGCGGGGACCCAAGAAAAACGGAAUGAUCAAGCAGUUCCUCAGUGAAGUGGACUGGGGAGACCUGGACUAUUUACUCAUCGAUACUCCUCCAGGCACGUCAGACGAGCACCUGUCGCUGGUGCAGUACCUGUCGGCGGCGGGCGUGACGGGCGCGGUGCUGGUGACCACUCCCCAGGAGGUGGCGCUGCUGGACGUGCGCAAGGAGAUCCAGUUCUGCCGCAAGGUGGGGCUGCCGGUGCUGGGAGUCGUGGAGAACAUGUCGCUCUUCGUCUGCCCCAACUGUAAGAGCCGCAGCGAGAUCUUCCCGGCGACGACGGGCGGCGCGGCGCAGAUGUGCUCCACGCUGCAGGCGCCGCUGCUGGGCGCGCUGCCGCUGGACCCGCUGCUGGCGCGCUGCUGCGACUCGGGCCGAGACUUCCUGCAAGAGAUACCCGGCUCGCCCGCCGUCGCGGCGCUGCAGGCCAUCGUCAAACAAAUUGUUUCUACCUGUGAAAGUUAGUCAUUCUACGAGGAACUUCGGAAAUCUCUAAAAACACCAUGAGACAUGGCUGACCAGUGCUUUAUAUAUAUGAACUAACUGUAUAUAAUCGCGCCGCUGGUAUCUGUGUAAAAUAAUUAGUGUAUUUAUAAUGUGUUAUAGCUUAUUAUAAAUAGUCUACUCUAUGUACAAAUGUUUUCCUAUUGUAAAAAUAAAAAUUAUUUUUAAUAAAGUAUUUAAAGUACUCAA